AUCGUAUAAAAGUCUUUGAAUUUACUGCUCCAAGAAGAGUCAGUCUUUGUUCGAAAACGUGAUCUCAGCAAGAUGGCGAUAAGGUACAUCGUGAUGCUGACUAUUAUGUUGGCUGUAAUCUACGUUCAAGCGGAGUCUCACACCGUCGCAGACGGUCAGAAUCUGCAACGGACUUUAGUUGCACCUGCAGUAUCGGAAGUUGCACCGCUGAAACUGGAAGCGGUAUCAGGCGAAGUGGCCGAGACUCAUCAAUCCCGUAACAAAAGAGCGCCAAUUUUAUUUCUGAAAAAGGCUCUCUUGGGUGGUGCUCUCCUCGGUGCUGGAGCUUUGGGUGCCGGAGCUUUAGGUGCCGGAGUGCUCGGUGCUGGAGUUCUCGGUGCCGGAGCUAUUGGCGGUGGAUUGUAUGGGGCUAAACACUUUGCUGAUGGAUAUGGAGGAUAUGGAGGAUAUGGAGGAUAUGGAGGAUAUGGAGGAUAUCAUAGCUAUCCCAAUUAUGAGUAUCACUACCAUAGCCAUCCUCAUUAUCAUAAUCACUAUGGUUAUGGACCAGGUUAUGGAUCAAAUUAUGGCUAUUGGUAAAUUGAGACUGAUUUCGGAUCAAUGCAUUAUAAGUUCAGUCUAUAGAGAGGGAUCUCAUAAACAAAGUAGCACAAAAAAAUUGAAAAAUUCUAAAUCCGUUCAUCCACAAUCGUGACAAAACCACAGCAAUGCAAAUGGCACAGUCACUUUCAAUUGCCUAUA